UGUUUACAUUUGCGUACAAGACCUGCAUGAAUUGAAGUCAGAAUGGCAACUUCGCUGCAGAGUCAAUUAAGCAGACUCCGCGCUCCGCAGACUUCGAUUCUUACCCAGAAAAAGAAGCAACCUAGUCUUUUGUUUGAUCCCAAAGAGGCUGCCAAUUUAGACAGAGAAACUGUCUUCCAGAUCGGUAAAAAUGGUCUCGAGGAAUUGAUAAAGCUAAGUGAAAUGUUCGCUGAGUUCAAGCGUGACUUGUUCUCGCACAGCACAGUGGAUCUUGAGAGAUCAGUGCACGACAAGGCGAUUAACAAGGUCUUAGACGGAAGAAUCAAACGAUUUCUAAUUCUUCUGUCACCCUACUUCCUUCUCAAUCCAGCGCACAAAACACUUGAAUGGCUGAUCCGCAGAUUUCACAUCCACGAAUUCAACAGGGUUCAAUUUUUGCUCCUCAUACUUCCUUACCACGAGACACGGAUGUUCGUCAGAGCUCUCCAGCUGGUGAACGUUUCAGCUGCCAGCGAUAAUUGGCACUGGUUAGAACCACUCCAGAAACCUGGCGUCCCAUUAGCCACAACGACUCUGAUUAAUCGAGUAUCAUCUGACAAUGGACUACUCAGAAAUAUCUGCGAGCAUGUAUGCGAGGCGACCGAAGUCUGUGGAGCUCAAGCGUCUUCACUGGGCACGCUCUACGCGUUUUACACAAUGACAUUGAUCGGUGUUUUGGACAGGUCGAAAUCACUGAACGAAAAUCAAAUGACGCACUUAUUAUUUUCAUUGGAAAAAGGCCUGAGCAGUAAAGUUGUCGACUUCGCAUCGAGCAGCUACAUGCUGGUGAGUAAAAUCUGCAGUAAAGCACAGCUGAAGAAGGAAACGUUGAACCACAUCGCUCACGCCAUGCUUACGAAACCGCCGCUCCAAUACGAGCCGAUCCUGCUGCUCGUCUUCAUGUUCAAUUCCCAACCGGUAUCGGUCUCCGUAAAAGUGAUAAACAAACUCUCGGAGCUCGCUUGGUUCCCGGAAAUGCUCGCCAAGGUGAAAUCGUCCGGCGGUAAGAUCGAGAAUUUCGUUGUCAAGUUGCUCGGUAGCUGCAUACGCUGCGUGCAAAAGGGCAAACUCGACGCGUAUCAAAAAGUGCACAAGAUGGGCGAAGACCUGUUGAAAGCGAUAAGGUUCAGCGACGACGAAGUCGACGCAAUACUGGAAAAAACGCUGCGUCUUCACGUCCCGAUAGACAACAUUUCUGAAGAGUCGACGAAGUUCCUCGUAAACUUUUUCCACGCCCUCGAAAAGCAGUACCCUGAAAAAUUCGAUGCCUACCUGAAAAGCCUCGUCCAGAAGGGGGAGAGCGACGCUGAGUCCCAAAAGGUCCUUGGUCUUCUUCUGCCUUGGCAUGCGGACAUCCGCAGCGCCCAGGGUACCAUGCAAGUGCUGGAUCGCCUUCACCACAUCGAUCCGAACCAGAGAAUAGCCGGGCUGAAAUUGGUCGCCGAGAACAAAGUACAAGUCUCGAAAAAUUAUUGCGACAUGGUGACCAACGCGUUGCUGGCGAGGUUCAGGGACGACAAUGAGGAUGUGAUCCUUACGCUGCUGACGAUGUUCUCAACGGACAAACUGAAGUCCCUCUUCACGGUGGACGUCCUGGUGGACGAGUUGCUUCGCCUCGUUCUCAAAAGCAACCCGUACUCGCCAACCGUCUUCGGGAUUCCGGCGCUCAGGAUUCUGCUCAGUCUUUGCAGCCACUACGAUACCCGAGUCUUCAUCACCGUGCUGCCAUACUUGUUCCCGAGAAACAAGGAUGAGGUCAAGAUAUCCAUGGAAGUACUGAACUCUGACUAUGCUAACAAUAACACUUACAUGCAAAUGGUGAAGAGCGAUGCCGGAUCCGAACCAGGCGCGCCGGAGGCCAUUUCGUCCGCUGCGUUCCACCGGAUAUUGGACACUACUCUCUUGCCCUCAACCGCCAGCAUACUUUCGACGCUUAAGCAGCAGGAGACGCACGGAAACGCCGUCAGUAUGUUCUUCAGUAUGAUACUCCUUGGCUCGGUGUGCCGAGUCCCAGUUGGUUUGCUCUCGCACGAGGUGGCUCGUGACAUAAUCGACAUUGCCUCUAAAGUCCUAAAAAGCUAUCCCAAGGUUCGAUUGCUGCCCAACUGCAAUCAGCUCAACGGCGACAAGAUCGUCGAUGCCUUGGAGUUGGCCUCGAAAGAAGUACUUCCGCUGCAGGUUGGAACCUACGUCCUCGAAAUGGUCCAUCGGCGUCUUGACCUCAGCGCCAAUCCAACCCUGGACUUCGAGGGAGCGUCGGAACGGAGUCAGCUGGUCCUUAACUUCAUUCAGAUAUUCUUCGAGGGUGUUAACAAGCCGGACAGGUCCGAGCACUACCUUUGGUGUCUCAAGAUAUUCCUUAAGAGGCACUUCGCUAACGCUGAAGAUACAAUUUGCUUCCUUUCUCAGCUGUUCGCCCAGCCGGUUUCAUCACAGACGUCUCUUCACUGUCUUCAAAUAGUUUAUUCGCUCCUGGAAUCAAAACAGUCGCUUCAGUGGGCCUUUCAGGAUUGCACAUUCAUCCCAAAUCUACUCGUAGCUCUGGCCAACGAGAACACCGACUGCAGAGCAAGUGCCGUAAAGAUACUCCAGAGGCUUUCACAGAGUUUCAAUCUAUCCACCGGCGGUUUCUCUGCCUUGCUCGGGGAGCUCAUGGAGCGAAAAGCGGAGAUCAAAAUGGACCACGAACAGCUGUCGCUUAUUCUGUACACUCUGCUUUCUCCCGAUCCAGACGUUCAGCAUCAGAUAACUCCCAAUCGACGAUUAGGCCUGCAGGAAGGACUUGCUCAGCUUCUGGCAACCGCGACCUCAAAAAGCACUCCAAUUCACACGGUGUCUCAGAUACUGGAUAUUUUGUCCCAUGUGAACGGGAUCACGGUGCUGCAAAGUCUAGCGCCGCUAGGAAUCUCGCUCCUCGAACAAAUACAAAGCUUACCCUGUGCUCCAAGGUUCGCUGGAAGCGCGUUGAAGAACAUCUUGCAGAGAUUCGACGCUUCGACGGCAGGAGCUUUGAGCGACAAACUAGUGUCGCAGCUGUUCGACAAGAGCAUCAAAGACUAUAAGUCGAGGAUACGUUUCAGUAGCGAUUACCAACCGCCGAGUGUAAUCCUGAUGAAGCAGAUAGACGAAACGUUCUUCGAGCAGGCUGGCAAAUUGUCGAAAGUACAGCAGGCGAAGAUCCUCGCCAGUAUAAUCGACGCGGUCACGGAUUGCGAGCUGAGCUCAGUGGUCGCUGCUGGUAAUCGAGCGGUUCGACAGAUCAGGCUCGACGCUCAGCUUAUAGUGGAUGAGCUGAAGCUGAUGGCGAACGCGAAGUUGGCUGUCCCGGCGGGAAAGAAGAGCAAAGUGACGGCGUCUCUGGACCCCCGAGUAAUCAGCACAAGGGCAUGGAAGCGGGGAAUAACGCUGUUGGAGUUUGUUCAGAGAGCGGAUAACGUAGACAGGGCUGAACUCUUGGUCCCCAUCCUCUUUGAUCUCCUCCGUGUGUCGCUGAAGUUUGAGGAGCAGAGCGCGUUGGAGUACACCAACCAGCUUAUAUUGUCCUCGAUUCUACAUCUGAAUGUCAACUCUCUGGCUAUAACGGAAGGCCACGCGCAGGUCGACCUGAUCGCGGAAUGCAUAAGGACGUCGCAGAACCCGCAGACUCAUCAUCACGCGCUUCUAGUUCUGGUUGAAUUGUUUAAGGUGGCUGAUCUCAAGGUGGCGUUGAACAACAUCAUGCCCAUUUUCACGUUUAUGGGCUCGUCCGUUCUCAGACAAGACGACGCUUACUCGAUCCAGAUUAUAUCCAAGACCAUUGAAACCAUUGUGCCAAUAAUAAACGCCGCCGAAGACGAGAUCUACGCCUGCGAUAUCCUCCGCGUAUUCAUCACCUCCUUACCUGACAUUCCGGAGCAUAGACGUGGCCCGCUAUUCGUGAAGCUACUUCAGUUACUGGAAAAGCAUCUGCACUUGUUCUUCCUCCUUUCAUUCGAAAGCCACGUACUUGCGAUUCCGAAAAAAGGCGAAGAAAAAACUCGCGAACUAUCUUCCCCAACGCUAGAGUUCGCCCUUAACAUAUCGCAGGAGUUCACGCAGCGACAGCUCAUCAACGUCUGCGUAAAACUGAUGCAAUUCACACAGUCACUGCCCAUCGAGGUCGAGGAUGAGAAAGGUUUGAGAAAGGCCAAGUUUAAUGGUCAGAAUCACAUUUUCGACGUGAAUCAAAACACUGGGAAACAGCUGAGGCACUUCAAACACACGGUCCUUCUGUUCGUCAGCUCUCUGUUGUCGUCCUCCUGGUUUGUCAACAAGGUUGCUGAGCUCGGUCCCGAGGAAACAAUGGGCCUGAAAAAUGAUUAUUAUGAGUUAAUCGUUGAGAUUGUUAAACUUGUUGAGCUGAUGGCCAAAAGCUAUAAUGCUAACCAGACUCAGUCCAAGGGAACCUACUGGAAGGUGAUGCUUCACCGCGCUUACGACGUACUGGAUAACGUGAACAGCCUUCUGUCGAAUCACACAUUCGUCGAAAGUGUUGAACGGCUGAUGCAACAUAAUUCUAUGCUCAUUCGAAAGAAAGCUCUAGAACUUUUGAACACAAGACUUCUGCAGAAGAACUUCGGCCCAGAUGAUCGCGAUGUUCUUUUCACCCUGAUGGAGCCAUUGAUGCGACUCGCCAGCAUGGGAAAACAGAAAUCUGCGCAUCUCGAGAACGAAGUUAUUCAACAAUUCGCCCUCAUCAGUCUCAAAUUACUCGCGAAAAUCCUAGCAACAGAUCAUCCUGUUGUAUUCAAACCAGUACUCGAGCUGACGACUAAUCUGGUGCAGUCUCGAGAUGGUCCAGUAUUGGCUAGUGCAGUAUUAUGCCUGGCGGAAUUGUGCGGAACAAUGCGAACACACGCCCUUCAUUCGUUGAACACGUUCAUUCCGGCGAUACUACGAAUUCUCAAAGAAAAAUGCCAGAAAAGCGAUUGUCCAGAAAUUGUCGUCCUCAGCGUGGUUUCUGCGCUUCAAAAGAUCGUCGAAUCCCAUUCCAGCUUCUUGUCGCCACACUUGGACAAGCUCCUCUUUGAGCUGGUAAAGCUCAGGUCUCGAUACAGCGACAGCGACCAUAUGAAGAUAGCGCAGAUUGUUCAGCGGCUGAAAACCACGAUGCUGAAGCUUUCGGCUUCCGUACCACUUCGAGUCUUGCUACCGACGGUAACCAAAACCUACGAGAAGUUAAUCAAACAGGAACUCUACCGGUGUGUUGAUCCGCUAAUGAACGUGCUCGCUGAUUCCUUCUCGAAUGCUCAGUCCAAUGAUCUUAACGCUGCCAUACACGACUUGGCUGGAUUUUUCCUUAAGGUCUUACAGUUCCGUGAAGAUCUGAUAUCCCAGAAUCGACUGCUUGAUGCUGCUACUCUGGCUGAUGUCGCACUUGUCGAGGAAAGUGCUAGCAAAGCGCUCGUUACCUUGGUUCUCAAGCUCAGCGAAGCCACCUUCAGACCGUUGUUCUAUCGCCUCUACGAUUGGGCUGCAAGAAAUCCCAAUCAGAAACUGCGUAACAUCACGUUUUACAGGUUGACAGCGAAUAUAGCAGAGUCCUUGAAGUCUUUGUUCAUUUUGUUUGCGGGUCACUUCCUGAAACACGCAGCCUCGCUAUUGGCGAGUCAAAAUCCCUCCGUGACCGAGGAUGAAAAGAAGGCCGAUGGUCUGAGGAUGCCACUGGAAGUAAACCAGGUAGAAUUGGUCGAAGGGAUUCUUCUCACUUUAUACAGGAUAUUCCUGUACGAUCCCAGAAACUUUGUUACCGAGGAGAGAUUCCAGACUCUUGCACAGCCGAUAAUUGAUCAGCUGGAAAACGAUAUCGGGGGUAAAGAUGCAUACGAAAAGAGGGCCGAGGAUCUCAUAAUUCCGUGCAUCGCUAGCUUUGCUGGUGCUAUUCAGGACGACUCGCUCCAUAAACAACUCGUCUAUCAGAUCCUGUUGAAAACCAGACACGUUAAAUCUUACGUCAGGAGCAGCGCUCUUAACUCCAUAGUGGAGAUUGCCAGAAAAUUGGGGGACGAUUUCCUGCCUCUUUUACCGGAAACCGUACCGUUUUUGGCCGAGCUUUUAGAAGACGAAGAUGAGGAGACAGAGAAACUCGCACAAGACGCUGUCCGGACUUUAGAAGAGGUCCUAAACGAACCUCUACAAAAAUAUUUCUAGGGUCCCUGAAGUUUAUUUUACUUUCAUCAACAUUUCGUCGAUUACCUUGUCUGCCUCAAUUUACAAAUAAAAUGAUGCGUUAUACAUUUUGAAAGUAAUAAAACUGUUGUCGGUUAUACGUAUCGUCAAUUGUGUUAUUAUUCUAACCCAACCCAUUAGUACUUACAAUAAAUACACAGAUUUCUCGUUCGAUGAUAAUGAUAAAAAUCUAUUUGGAACGUUUUAGGAUGCAUCGAGUGAGAGUAGAUAUUACAUGUAUCAAUCCGAAACACGGAUAAUAAA